AACGUCAUUGUUUUGGCGGGUAAAAUACUGGUAAGACACAACAAAGCCUUCAUCAGUCUUCGUAUUCGAAGAAUUUCCAGAAAUUUGCAGAUAAAAAAAAUCAUUUUAAGAAAAGUGAAGUGUGAAUUUGUCUGAAUAUUGACGAACUAAAAUGGCCAGCAGAAAUUACGAUCAAGACCGAGAUUCAAUCAAAAUUUUCCUCAACGAGUUUUGUCAUGAGACUGACGAGGGACGGAAAGUGUUCAAGUAUGCUGCACAAUUGACUAAUUUAGCCCAUCGCGAGCAGACCGCUUUGACCAUCGAAUUGGAUGACCUGAACGAGUUCAACGACAAUCUCGUUGAAGCCGUAGUACAAAAUACUCGGCGUUAUGCGAAACUAUUUUCCGAUGUUGUGUCGGAGAUUCUGCCAACAUACAAGGAGCGUACAAUUGUUGCCAAAGACUCAUUGGAUGUUUACAUUGAACAUCGACUGUUGAUGGAAUCUCGUUUGCACAAUGAUGCCGAAACUAGAAAUCCGAACAAUCAGUUUCCCAACGAAUUGAUGAAGAGAUUUGAAAUUUACUUCAAAGCCCUGUCGCUGGACAAACCCAUCGCUAUACGGGAAGUGAAAGCUUCCAAUAUCGGCAAAUUGGUGACGGUUCGUGGCAUCGUUACCCGUUCCACGGAAGUGAAACCAAUGAUUGUGGUAGCCACAUACACAUGCGAUCGUUGCGGCGCCGAGACUUAUCAACCAGUAAAUUCACUGAGUUUCAUGCCAGUUGCUGACUGUCCUUCUGAAGACUGUCGGGUGAAUAAGGCCGGCGGUAGAUUGCAUUUGCAAACGCGAGGCUCGAAAUUCGUUAAGUUCCAGGAAGUGAAAAUUCAAGAGCACAGCGAUCAAGUGCCAGUUGGUCACAUUCCACGUUCAUUAAAUGUUUUCUGUCGCGGAGAAGUAACACGUCAAGCUCAACCAGGUGAUCAUGUUCUAAUCACCGGUGUAUUUCUACCGUUGGCUCGCACUGGCUUCCGUCAAAUGGUUUCGGGUCUGCUGAGUGAAACGUUUUUGGAAGCCCACCGAAUCACCUGCUUGAACAAGUCUAACGAUGAAGAGAUACAUGGCGAACUAACGCAAAACGAGUUAGCUGAACUGGCAAAAGAAGAUUUCUACUCGCGCCUGGCUGGAAGUAUUGCUCCCGAAAUCUAUGGGCAUUUGGAUAUCAAAAAGGCUCUGCUCUUACUCUUGGUGGGUGGUGUCGACAAGCGUCCCGAUGGCAUGAAAAUACGCGGAAACAUAAAUAUUUGCUUGAUGGGAGAUCCAGGUGUUGCCAAGUCCCAAUUGCUUGGCUAUAUUAGCCGUUUAGCAGCACGCAGUCAAUAUACGACCGGUCGAGGUUCAUCCGGCGUUGGUUUAACUGCUUCGGUUAUGAAAGAUCCACUAACUGGUGAAAUGGCUCUGGAGGGUGGUGCACUGGUUUUAGCUGAUCAAGGUGUUUGCUGCAUCGAUGAAUUUGAUAAAAUGGCUGACACUGAUCGAACCGCUAUUCACGAAGUCAUGGAACAACAAACCAUCUCGAUUGCAAAGGCUGGUAUCAUGACUACGCUAAAUGCACGCGUUUCAAUAUUAGCUGCAGCCAAUCCAGCAUACGGCCGUUACAAUCCUCGACGAACUAUCGAACAAAAUAUUCAACUACCAGCCGCGCUACUAUCUCGUUUCGAUUUGUUGUGGUUGAUACAGGACAAACCAGAUCGGGACAAUGAUACUCGUUUGGCCAAGCAUAUUACGUACGUGCACAGCCAUGGCAAACAGCCGCCGACUAAAGUCGAAGCAAUGGACAUGAAUUUGAUGCGAAAAUAUAUUGCAUUGUGUAAACGCAAAGAGCCAACGAUUUCAGCCGAUCUCAGCGACUACAUUGUUGGUGCAUAUGUGGAAUUGCGACGUGAAGCCAGGAAUAACAAGGACAUGACAUUCACCUCGGCCAGAAAUUUACUGGGAAUUCUGCGAUUGUCGACUGCCUUGGCUCGAAUGAGAUUAUCAGAUUUGGUUGACAAGAAUGAUGUAGCCGAAGCGCUGCGUCUGUUGGAAAUGUCGAAAGAUUCACUGAAUCAGGUUGACAAUCAGAAAAUUACUCAUGUCGCCAAUACAUCGGAUAAGAUAUUCACCUUGAUUCGGGAUCUGGCCGGCGAUGCAAAAACCGUUAGCUUCACUGAUGUUUACAACCGUUGUACGAGUAAAGGAUACAAACGUGAUCAGAUCGAUACUUGUGUGGAUGAGUAUGAAGAGCUCAAUGUUUGGCAAGUGAACAACAAUCGAACAAAACUUACGUUUGUCUAGUAUAGUUCGUACCUAAAUAGUGUUCUUGAGUGUUUUUUUUUAUUUAACUGUGUAAGCAUAAAACUAAAUUGUAUCGAAGGAUUGAAAGACUUUGAGAUCAACUUACAAUUUUUGACCUUAAAUUUUAGAAACAUUUUGUCUCCCGAAUCGGGUCUAUUAAGUUUAGUUUUACGAUGUUUGUUGUCAUGCCGAUUUAAUUUCUUUUCAAUAAAA